AUGGCGCCAGAUAGAGUAGAAGAUAGCUCUCCCCCAGCUGAAGUGGCAUCAAUCGCCUCCCCAAUUAACCUCAUCCUAUUCUCCCUUUUCAUCGUUAUAAUCUACAUGCAGUUCAAGCCAAAGAAACCUGUGACAUUACCAGCAGCCCCACCACCAACUGUCUUCCGUACCUUCUCACCUACCGACCUCCUACCGUUUAACGGUAAAGACGGGGCUCCAGUUUAUCUUGCGGUACGAGGGCGUGUAUUUGACGUUACUCCAGGCAGGAACUUUUACGGGCCAGGCGGACCAUAUGAGAACUUUGCUGGACGAGAUGCCACUCGUGGAUUAGCUUGCCAGAGUUUUGACGAGGAGAUGCUGACCAAAGAUCUAAAGGGGCCACUAGAUGAUUUGAAGGGACUGGGACCGGAGGAACUUGAGAACCUAAGAGGGUGGGAGGAGCGAUUUUUGGAGAAGUAUCUUGUCGUUGGGAAGCUUGUUGCUGAAGGCGAUCCUGCUCUUAAGGAGUGA